GCUGAAUUGCUGAGGAUGUAAAUAUUUUAAGGGAAAUUUACAUGCUGCCAUGGUUUAAAGAAGAAACAUGGGCCGAAGCCCAUUUUGUCUUAAAAGAUAACCGAAGAUUCCUAAAGUUCUUAUGUUUUUCAUUGAUUGUUCUCUUCGCCGCCACCGUAAUUUGUAACUCGGAGUUCUGAUCUGAGUUCACUGAGUCAGUUUCACUAGUUCACUCCCUACGAAGUUGAAGUUGCUUCUCAAGCUUCGGAGCUAUGAGCAAGAAGAAAAACCCUCAUGUUUUUCUUGAUGUUUCAAUUGAUGGAGAUUCUGUGGAAAGAAUUGUUAUUGAGCUUUUUGCUAAUGUGGUCCCCAAGACAGCAGAAAAUUUCCGAGCACUCUGCACUGGUGAGAAGGGCAUCGGGAAGUCUACUGACAAACCCCUUCAUUACAAGGGUUCACAUUUUCAUCGAAUAAUCAAAGGAUUCAUGGCCCAAGGUGGGGAUUUUUCCAAGGGAAAUGGUACUGGUGGAGAAAGUAUUUAUGGAGGAAAGUUUGCAGAUGAGAAUUUUAAGCUUACACAUGAUGGACCUGGUUUUCUCUCUAUGGCAAAUAGCGGUCCAAACACAAACGGGUCACAGUUCUUCAUACUCUUCAGGCGGCAGCCUCAUCUUGAUGGGAAACACGUUGUCUUUGGAAAAGUUGUGAAGGGAAUGGAUGUACUUGAGAGAAUUGAGCAGUUGGGAUCCGCUGAUGGUAAACCUUCCGGACCUGUAAAGAUUGCAGAUUGUGGCGAAACUUCUGCAAGUAAAAUUACUGAUGUAGUUGAGAAAGAGAAAGAGAAGAAAAAAUCAGGGAAAGUACCAACCUCUGAUGAUAGUGCUGAUAAGGGUGGAGGAAGACAAAAGAAGUCAUUGAAGGACAAACGAAAGAAAAGAAGAAGAAAAAGAUACUCAUCAUCAGAUUCAUACAGCUCUGAUUCUGAAUCUGAGUCUUCUUAUUCUGAUUCUGAAUCGGAUUCAGAUUCAGAUUCAGAUUCAUCAUUAUCUGACUCAAGCUCUAGUGAUGGAAAGCAUAGGAAGAAGAAAUCUGCCAGAAAAGAUAAAUUCCAGCAGGGGAGGAAAAGGAAAGUAAGAGAAAAGGAGAGGAAGAGAGGUCGGAAGGACAAACGAUCAAGGCGCAUAUCCAAACGUAGAUCAGAUAGUUCCAGUGGCACAGAUAGUGAAAGUAUCAGUGGUGGAAGUAGCCGUGACAAUCGUAAAAAUGGCCGUCUCUCAUUGGAGAAAAAGGAUGUGGAAAUUUCUCGAGGAGCUAGAGACACUGAUGUAGAACGGCAUAGGAGUUCUGAGAUGAAGACUAAUAAGGGGACUUCAUCCCAAGAGGAGGGUGAAUUAUCUCCGAAACUUGUAAACAAUGCGGAGGCUAAAAUUGAUACUCGACAUUCUGACUCAAAUCAGUCAAGAAGUCCAUCUCCCAAAAGAAGGUUAAGAGGGAGCCCUGUGAGAAGUCCUAGCUCGAGUCCUAAAAGAAACCCUCGUGAUAGCCCUGUUAGAAAUUUUGGUAGGGAGAAUAGAAUAUCUUCAAGGAGUCCCAUUCGCAAAGCCCCUGAACAUAAUGCUCCAAAUCUUGUCCAGGGCUUAACAAGAAGCCCGUCUCCUAAUGGCAAUCCAAAGCGUGUUAGAAAAGGCCGUGGGUUUACUGACCGCUACUCAUAUGCACGUCGCUAUCGAACUCCUUCUCCAGAUCGUUCGCCUCGUGGUUAUCGUUAUGGAGGACUAAAUUUACCUAGAAGAAAUGAUAGGUAUUCAAGCUACAGACGUUAUCCUGAAAGAUCACCACCACAUAGGCGUAACCGAAGUCCAAUUAGAGGGGAGAGCCCUCCCAGGCAUCGAGGUCGCAGAAGUCGAAGUAGGAGCAUUUCUCGUAGUCCAGGGCGCAGUCAUAGGCGUUACAGGGAUCGUAGCCGUAGUCCUAUCCGUAGUCCUAGUCCCUCAGACAAGCGACCCCUUGUUAGUGAGAGACUUAAAUCUCGUCUGGGUCCCCGGAUUGAUCAUCAACGCUCCCCAAUUAAGAGUAGCAGGAGGUCAAGGUCCAGGUCCAGGUCCAGGUCUGGGAGCAAAGAACCAUCUGUUUCCAGGUCUCCAAAUCCCUCACCGCCAAGGCGUCGUAAUAGAACACCGGCAUCUUCCAGCAAGUCAAGAUCAAGCUCUCCACCAGGACAAAGGGGAUUGGUUUCAUAUGGAGAUCUUAGUCCAGAUACAAGGUAGUUUGCACUGGCAUUUUUGGUCAUGAAGAGAGGCAAUAGUUUUUUCGUUUACCGAUGGAUGGAAUCACCCUUCUCAAAAGGGCUGACCUACCUUUUCAGUCAAAUCCAUCUCAACGCAAAUAUUGCAGGGCAAGACGAGAUCGUCCCUGUAGUUGGCUUUGAAUCUGUGAUAUGCGUGAUUAAAACAGCGACUGAUAUUAGUAGAAUAUUUAUGGAUAUGUUUGGCUACAAAAACUUGGUUGAAUAUGAUGUAGGAGCUCAAAAUAACCCAGUGAGUAUGAGUUGAUUAUUUCGAUC